CCUUGGUUUAAACAUCCUUUCUUCUCCAAAUACUUUGAUCAGUUCCAUAAGAAAGAAAGAAAGAAUAUGGGUUCCAUUUCCAAGAGUUUCCUUCUCCUUGCCCUUUUAGCUGCUACUGUUCUUCUCAUUUCAUCGGAAGUGGCAGCUCGAGACCUUGCUGAAACCACCACUGAAAAGAACAAUGGUGAGGUGGCUACUGAAACAACCGAGGCUGAGGCUGAGGUAGAAGAGGCCAAAUAUGGAUAUGGUGGAUACGGGAGCCGUGGAGGUUAUGGAGGAUACGGAGGGCGCGGUGGGUACGGAGGAUACGGAGGGCGUGGUGGGUAUGGUGGUGGUUACGGUGGACGAGGACGUGGACGUGGAGGUUAUGGAGGAGGUUGUGCCUAUGGAUGCUGUCAUUCAGAUUAUUACGGAAGAGGUUGCCGAAGGUGCUGCGCUUACGUUGGGGAGGCUGUGAAUGUUGAAACACAUGCUGAUCCUCUCUACUAAAAUAAAAUCAUUCCAAGUUGCAUGUAUCUAAAUAAGUAAAGUGGCAUAGCAAAUCUUACAAUUUGCUACGUCCUAAAUAAAGAUGCUUCCUUAAUAUACAGGAAUUAUAUAUUAAUAAGAUAAACUUUUUUAAUUUUA